CUUUUAGCAAGUGUGCCGUGUUCUCAGUAUGACCAACCCAGUAGGACCCUCAGCAAUUUUCCUUAACAGCCUGGAUGAACAAACAAAAUCUAACAGUGCUAACAGAAUUCAUCCUAAUGGGAAUCACAGACCGUCCGGAGCUGCAGGCUCCCUUCUUUGGGCUCUUCCUCAUCAUCUACACAGUCUCAGUGGUGGGCAACCUGGGCAUGAUCAUCCUCACCAACGUGGAUUCCAGGGUCCAAACACCCAUGUACUUCUUCCUCAGACACCUGGCUUUCAUUGAUCUUGGUUAUUCAACAGCUGUGGGACCUAAAAUGCUGAUAAAUUUUGUAACUAACCAAAAUACAAUCCCCUACAAUUGGUGUGCUACACAGCUGUCUUUCUUCAUCUUGUUCAUCAUCAGUGAGCUUUUCAUUCUGUCCGCAAUGGCCUAUGACCGCUAUGUGGCCAUCUGUAACCCUCUGCUCUACACAGUUGUUAUGUCGCAAAGGGUGUGCUGGGUGCUGGUAGCCAUCCCCUAUCUCUACAGUGCUUUUCUCUCUCUGACAACCACCAUAAAGAUAUUUAUGUCUUCCUUCUGUGGCCAUAAUGUCAUUAGACAUUUUUACUGUGAUAGUCUUCCCUUGAUAACUUUGUUGUGCUCAAGCUCACGUGAUAUUGAGUUGAUAAUACUGAUCUUUUCAGCGUUCAAUUUGGUUUCCUCCCUUGUGAUAGUGCUUAUGUCCUACAUCCUGAUCCUAAUGGCCAUCCUCAGGAUGAACUCUGCAGAGGGCAGGCACAAGGCCUUCUCCACCUGUGGAUCCCACCUGACAGUGGUCGUUGUAUUAUAUGCGACACUCUUCUUCAUGUACGUGCAGCCCAAAUCCAGUCAUUCCUUUGAUACUGAUAAAAUUGCUUCUGCAUUCUACACUUUGAUUAUACCUAUGCUGAAUCCCAUGAUCUACAGCCUGAGGAACAAAGAGGUGAAAGGUGCCCUGCAUAGAAUAUGGAAAAGUUUGCACAGACUGCCUAUGUAG